GCCGCCUUCUUCGCUAUCUUUGGCUGCUCGUGCGCUCGACGUGUCAAACGUGCGCGUAGGGCGCAAGAGUGGGACAUUGAUGGCGCGGCGGAAGAUCGGGCUCGGGAGCAUAAUCGCAGAGACGAGGACGGCGAGGCCUCGAUACCGAUGAUGUCUCAUACUCGAUCCGGAUCGAGUAUGUCGAAUGCGACGUUUGCGACGAAUGAUACGGGAAAUACGGGUGGGACCACGGGGAAAGGUAGUGUGAGAAGUAGGGCGCGGGCGAGGGGAGCUGCGAUUGAGUGGGGGCUGGAUAAGUGGGUUUUGGGGCCGAUGAAGGCGUUGUUUGGGGGGAGGAGGAUUAUGCCGGUUAGGAAGAGACAGACGAGUGAUGGGUUUUCGAUUGAUGAGGAUGCGAUUGGUGGUGAUGGCAUUAUAGCAGGGAGCGGGAGUGGCAGUGGCAGUGGAAGGACGGACGCUGAGACUGGCGUGGGGUCGGGUACAGCAGGGAGUAGUUGGAGGAGUUGGUGGGCUCAUAGUGUCGGAAGGAGUCGAGGGACGCCAUCCAGUGAAAGGAGUUCUAGAGGAAGGAGGACAAGGACGAGAAACGGGAACGAUACCACACGAAUUACGGUCGACAGGGCGCCAAACCGGAUGCCGAGUGACCACGAUGAACAGGAUCUGGAGGGACAUGUGUACGGACCCGUUAGUGGGCCUAGAGGGACUGGAGCCAGUGUGAGCAGAGGCCCAGGACCGUACGUCCCAAUCUCGAACUUGUCGUCUCCGCCGGACGACGAAGACCGGGAGAACAUCAUCUUCGAUUACCGCAGCUACGGUGAUUCUUGGGAUCAGAAGAAUCACAAUCGCCACCCUCCUCACUCACUGGCAGUGGACACCGAUCCAACGGACAACUACGACCGGAGAGAGGACGAAUCAAACGAGGCCCCACCAAGUGUCAUUCUCAUAUCCAAAACAGGAGAAAACUUCAGCAUCAAUACACACAGUGCUCUAUCACCGUCUGCUUCGAUGUCGGUUUCGACGCCACAUCCCACGAGUAGUGGUAAGAGUGGACGAGCGAGUAAGGGCAGCAUGACGGGUACGGCCAGUGGGAGCGGUCAUAGUGGUCCUGGACCUGGUGAAGCCUCGGGUUCUGGUUCCGGUCAGAGAGGUGGACCACCAUCGAGUUGGGAGCGGAGGAAUGUCCGACAGGAUACGGUGAUGUCUAUCGGGACUGAGGCUACCGUGGGAUCCGGGGUUGCGUCCCAGUCUAAUUUGCCUGGAGCUCGUGGUGCGAGGUCGAGAGUUCCUCCAAUACUACAGCCGUCAUUACCUUCGCCGCCUCUUCCGUCAGCAUUUGGCACUGGGCAGGGAAGGUCUUCGUCACCACCUCCGAUGCUUAGAAAAGCAGAUGGGAACGAAUACGGUCCUGCCAACAUGGCUCAACCUCUCGAGGAUGGCGGUGUCCAGGUAAUGCGGGGAGCGGGAGGAGGGACGAUUGGCACUGUGAAGUCUAUCGCGACGGAUGCCACGGCGAGGUCAGGAACCCUAUCGCCAUCCGCAUCCGUUGCGUUUACUUCUGGGCCGUCAUCGUAUGCUCAAGGGCAAGGGCAGGGACGCAAGGGAGCGUAUGGUGUAGGGGGUGGUGCCGGAGGCCCUGGGAAUGCGGGAAGAAUCAGACCGGGGACGAUUGAUACUCUUGGAACGGAGGCGACGUUCUCGACGAAGGCCACGAAUGGAUCGUCACAGUCAUCAACCCAUGGUGGCGGUCAAGGAAGCUCAUUGUUUACCUCGGCCUCUUUUUCCAAGAGCUCGAGUGCUCAUGCAACCUCGAUGCCGGUGGUAGAGGCGAGCGUAGGGAGAGCAGAUGGUGUGUACGGUAAAGGAGAAGUCGAGGUGCAGAGUCCGAAGGACAUGGAAGACUGGCCGAAAGCAUCAGGCACAGUUAAACAACGAGAUAGAAGCAGUGUAGAGGUAGUACCACCCACACCUGCUGCAUGGAGAGAAGAUCCAUUCGCUUCGUAUGUUCCUCCACAGCUACAACCUACGCCACCGCCACCGCCACCGCCACCACCCCAGCUCAUGACAUCCUCUUCUUCGUCAUCAAGCCAAAGCCUUCAGCCUUCGGCAACAAUGCAGUCGCCUUGGUAUCACCCUUACCAAUCGAGACAUCCCGCAUUAUCCACAAUCGCCUCUGUCCCCUCAUCAUCCAGUGUGGCACUCGCAUCUACUGGCUCCCCAGCAUCCGUUGCAAUACCGCUUCACACCCAGCACUCCAAUCCCGAUCUACAACGGAGCCCCAACGCCGUUCCCAGAAGUCUCGGACACAAGGCUUCUGCAGAGUCGACAAGCUCGGCGAUGAAGAAGGGGCGCGCAAAUAGACCGCCUCCGUUCGCUUCAUUCUCUGUGACAUCCUCGUCACCCGACCUAACAAUAUACAACAGACAGGAGUCCUCGAGCUCAGUGAUUUCAGAGGGAAACGAAGCUGAAUUCGGGUAUCUUCCUGAGUCGGGUGACCAAUAUGUUCAGCAUCGCGGGCAUGCGAGAAACGGAUCGAGUUCUACGUCUCCCGCACUGGCAACUGGCCUCUCGCGUCAGUUCAUGGACACAUCGCCUGAACAUGGAUCUCUUCCAACCGCUACGCAAGCAGAAUUCUCACCUUCCUUCAAGCCAUCCACUCAGUCUCCUCCCUACACCUCUUCUUAUACGCGUUCGCAUACGCGAGAGUACUCGAAUCAGUCAUACGAGCCAACUUCCUCGCACAUACUCUCACCAUCGCAUUCACCAUCUCUUUCUCCUGGGCAGCCCCUUGUAUCGCCAUAUUCUCCGCCUGCUCCUCUUUCUCCGCCAUCAUCUAGUACAAUAACACAUGUACGAACAACUUCCAAUCCUCAUGUACGGCAACUCCCUCAAAUUCCGACACAGCAACCACAACCACAAGCACGAUCGCCUCCGCCACAGCUCCUGCGUUUCCACUCUGGAUCACCCUCAAAUCUACCAAUAGAUCCCGAUUCGCCGUCUAACUUACUUCCUACGUCUGUCAGAUCUGCUGGGUAUAACCCGUUCCAGCCUGUGGCGUAUCAGAAUGGUGAGCAAGCGCAUGGGCAGGGGUAUGCAAACAUUAGCCCUGGAUCAGUAGCGAGGUAUGGUGGGUAUGGGGAAGGAAUGGAUGCACUGGCUGUCCUUGAAACGCCCGAAAACACUGCGGAUUAUCGAUGACAUAUCCCGGUCAUAUUCUGUGUUUUGGACUUCGUCUGAUCUCGUUGGCAUUCCGAUUAUCUGUUUAUAUCUCAUUGCGGUCAAUACUGCUGAUGGACACUGUACGAGAACUUAUCCCUCACGACUAAUGAUACCACAACCAAAGGACUGUUGCUUAUUUGUGGAAUGUUUUCUUCUUCGUUUUCACUCUCGUCGACCUUUUGAGUCUUUUGUAUAUAUAUCUUUAUUGAUCAGAACUCGAC